AUGACUCAAUUGUCUACUCAGUCAUCCUAUUCUUUCGAAAAUGAUUUUCUUAAGGAGACUGAAAAAAAGUCUAUCAGUGAUGUGAAACUUUGUGUUGAGGUAACUACCUGCAUCACAUACGGGACUAUAAAGGCAAUUGAGAGCAAAUACAACUGGUGGUACAAGUCAUGCAAAAAGUGUCCAUUUUCCGUUUAUGAGGAUUUUGAGAAGUGGUAUUGUAAGAACUGCCAAAAACAUUGGGAAAAUUAUUAUCCGAGAUUUAGUGUUCAGGUCAGAGUUGUGGAUAACACAGAUUCCGCAUCCUUUAUUCUGUUUGAUCGCGACUGUGUGUCUUUGUUGGGAAUGAGUGCUGCUGAAUUGCGCGAGCUGCAUUUCAAGAGGGGUGCCGAUUUGGAUCAAUUUCCAAAUGAGUUAAAUGUUCUGAAUGAAAAGUCAAUGUUGUUCAAGAUAAAUGUUAAGCAAAAGGAUUUGAACACAAAUAGUGAGCCCAAAUAUCAAGUUUCCAAAAUUUGUAUCAGCGAAGACAUAAUCUCAGCGUUCAUUAAGUCUCUUAUAGAUCCAAAUGAUGAAGCAAAUUUCGAUAAUGCACGCGAAAAUGAAGUUGUUUCGUCGGAACUGGAAAAGGCUGCGGUGAGCUAUGAAUUCGAUUUAGAUUCAUAUGCAAUUCUUACAGAAGAGUCUAUAAAAAGCAUAACUCUUAAAGAAAUUGAUAAGGUACUGCAGAGCAAUGGGAAAUGCCUCUCUGAUUAUCCGUCAAUGCCACGCAUCAAUAGUGAAACUUUGCUUGAUAUGCAAAAUCGAUUAGUGUUGGAUGAAUUAAUGUAUGACAGAUUUGCUUUGGAAGAGGAGCAUAAAAGACUAAUUAAUUCCCUCACUGAUGAGCAGAAAGCUGUUUAUGAUAAAAUUGUUUCAGCAGUUACGGCAGGCAAUGGAGGGUUAUUUUUCCUAUACGGGUUCGGUGGUACAGGAAAAACAUUUAUUUGGAAUACUCUUUCAGCAUCUAUUAGAUCAAAAGCUGGAAUCGUACUUAAUGUUGCUUCUAGCGGAAUUGCUUCCCUUCUGCUUCCUGGAGGACGAACAGCGCAUUCUAGAUUUCGUAUUCCUAUUCAAAUCAAUGAAGAUUCAAUGUGUAAUAUAAGGCCGAAAUCUACUAUAGCUGAGUUGCUGUCAAAAACAAAGUUAAUCAUUUGGGAUGAAGCUCCAAUGGUACAUAGAUUUUGCUUUGAGGCUCUGGAUAGGACAUUGAGAGAUGUUCUUAGAAUUUCUGAUACAAGCUGUGUUGAUAUGCCAUUUGGUGGAAAAGUUGUUGUUCUAGGAGGUGACUUUCGGCAAAUAUUACCUGUCAUUCCUCAUGGCAGCAGACAAGAUAUAGUUCAUGCAACCAUCAAUUCUUCUCAUCUAUGGUCCCAUUGUCAUUUAUUAACUUUGACCAAGAACAUGCGUCUUAAUUCUGGAAGUAGCGCUCACAAUUUAGAGGAAAUAAAAGAAUUUUCUGAGUGGCUACUUAAAGUUGGGGAUGGUAAUCUUGGAGAUGAUGUUGAUGGAGAAUCUAUUAUAACAAUUCCAGAUGAAUUGUUGAUUAGAGAAUCGGAAGAUCCGCUGUCGGAUAUGGUUAAUUUUGUUUAUCCGAAUCUCUUGGAUAAUAUUUUGGAUCAGACCUUCUUUAAAGAACGUGCUAUUCUAACUCCUAAAUUGUCCGAUGUUGCUAUGCUAAACGAGCACCUAAUGUCUAUGAUUCCUGGUGAAGAAAGGACUUUUUUGAGUUCGGAUAAAAUUCUUAAGCAAGGUGGGACUUCCUCUGUUGAGGAUGAUGAAAUCACCCCUGAGAUCUUAAAUACAUUAUCAUGCUGA